ACUAGGGAAGUGGAGCAGGCCGGUCUGUCAGACUUGGAGAUCAUCUCCCAGCCGGUGGAGGAUGAGAACCAGUGCUUGGCUCCUCCAGUCCAGCUGGUGAGUUUUGGCUACAGAGAUCUGCCCCUUGCAGCCCUGGACCUCUCGCUGGCUGGCUCGCAGCUCCUCUCCAAUGCAGAUGAAGAUGAAAACAGGGAAGGGUCCAACUGGCUUAAGCCAUGCUGUGGCCGUCGAGUGGCCCUGUGGCAGGUCUGUCUGCUCAGUGCUGGCUUCAACUGUAUCCUGGUGGCCUGUGUCAUCCUGGUGGUGCUUUUCCUGUCUUUGGAGCUACUCAUAGACACCAAACUCCUACAAUUUUCCAAUGCUUUCCAAUUUGCCAGCAUUAUCCACUGGAUCAGCCUUAUCAUCCUGUCACUCUUCUUUUCAGAGACUGUCUUCAGAAUUGUAGUGCUUGGUAUCUGGGACUACAUAGAGAACAAAGUGGAGGUGUUUGAUGGUGCCGUCAUCGUGCUGUCCCUGGCCCCCAUGGUGGCCUCCACGGUGGCCAACGGGCCCAGCAGCCCCUGGGAUGCCAUCAGCCUCAUCAUCACCCUACGAAUCUGGAGGGUCAAGAGGAUUAUUGAUGCUUAUGUGCUACAAGUCAAAGUUGAAAUGGAGCUGGAAAUACAGCAGUGUGAGAAGACCAAGGCUGUGAGAGAGGAGCAGCUGGAACGUCUCACUCAGAUCUGCCAGGAACAGGCUUUUGAGAUCAGGCAGCUCAGGGCCCAUCUGGCUCAGCAGGACCUGGACCUUGCAGCGGAGCGUGAAGCAGCCAUGCAGAUCCACCAUGUAUGGGGCAAACAGGGCAGGAGUUUUCAAGUUGUAGAAGGCUUGACUCCCGGGGAGUCUGAUGAUGAGGGCAACCAGAGGAACCCCAGGGAACCCCAUGCUACUGCAGAUCCAGUUGUACGUGAUGACAUGAACAACUACAUCAGUCAGUACUAUAGUGAAGCAAGUAGUGCUGGGGCAUCUGGCAUAGGUGCUCGGGUCAUCACCACAGCAGCAAUUGACGUUCACCUCCCCACUAAUCCAAAUCCCAUCCAGUCAAACUCAAUGCUCGCUAUGGAGCGAGUGGGCAGCGCCAUAAGUGACGCCUCCACCAGCAUAUCACGGUCCAGUGGAAGCCUGACAGCCCGCCCCCAAAGCCUGAGUAGCCAUACCCCGGGUUCAUCAAUGACAGACUGCAGCAGCAGCACAGCCCGGGACCCCAGUCUGAGCUACAGCUCCCAUCGCUGCUGCCCUCCUUCUUUCUCAGGCCAGGACCCCUGCAGGGACCCCAGCAUUGUUGUACAGGAGCUACUCUCCUCCCUCUCUGAGGACUCCUGUCUUGCUCAAAAGGGCCUGGCAGUGGACCCUGUCAACCUUAAGCUUCCCAGUCCUACUGGCUCAGAAAAAGCCAGCCCUGAGCUGGACCACAGAAUAAACAUCUUCAACCGCAGGAACCAAGAGGAGAGACGAGGCCGUGGAAGAGGUUGUGUGCUGUUACAGACCAAGCCACUAAUCCACCUGCAGGGCAGCACCACUGAGCCCUCCCUGGAGGAAAAGUACCGGCUCCUGGGACCAGCUGACACACCCCUGGGCCACAUGCCUGACACAUAA